GAGAGCGUGCGUUUGGAUUCGUCUCCAAAUUUGGUGAAAUCCAACCCAGUGCAGCCCGAUCUACGCGGCGGCACGGGCGCACAGGCCUAAUUUCGUCGACCCUCGUUCCUGUCAUGGGCGCCUCCUCUUUCUCCCGCCUCUGCUGCUGCUGGAUCUCCUGCAACUCCGCCUCCCGCCAUCCCCCUCCCCCUCCUGCCGCCGCCGCAGCCUACCUCCCCUGCCCCCACAUGGAGCCGCAGCCGGAGCCCCACCGCCCCUCUCAGCCGAGGCUGCCGUACGCCGACGCCGACCGCACCCUCCGCGCGCUCGCCGCCGGCGCCGAGGGCUUCGGCCGCCACGCCGUCGGCGGCCUCCACGGCGCCCUCUACCACGUCACCUCCCUCCAAGAUGACGGGCACGGGACGCUCCGGGAGGCGUGCCGCGCCAAGGAGCCGCUGUGGGUCGUCUUCGAGGUCUCCGGCACCAUCCACCUCCAGACCUACCUCCGGGUCUCCUCCCACAAGACCAUCGACGGCCGCGGGCAGCGCGUGAAGCUCACCGGCAAGGGCCUCCAGCUCAAGGACUGCCACCACGUCAUCGUCUGCAACCUCGAGUUCGAGGGCGGCCGCGGCCACGACGUCGACGGCAUCCAGAUCAAGCCCAACUCCACCAACAUCUGGAUCGACCGCUGCUCACUCGCCGACUACGACGACGGGCUCAUCGACAUCACGAGGCAGAGCACCGACAUCACCGUCUCAAGAUGCCACUUCGCAAGGCAUGACAAGACGAUGCUGAUCGGCGCAGACCCCACGCACGUCGGCGACAGAUGCAUCAGGGUCACCAUCCACCACUGCUUCUUCGACGGCACGCGGCAGAGGCACCCGCGCCUGCGCUUCGGCAAAGUCCACCUCUACAACAACUACACCAGGAACUGGGGCAUUUACGCUGUUUGCGCUAGCGUCGAAGCUCAGAUUGUGUCUCAGUGUAACAUAUACGAAGGGGGGGAGAAGAAGACGGUCUUCAAAUACAUGCCAGAGAAGGCUGCUGACAGGGAAGAAACAGCGGCUGGGUCGAUCAGGUCGGAAGGCGACGCGUUUCUUCACGGGGCGCUGCCGUGCCUGGUCGACGGCCCAGGCGUCGAGAGCGUCUUCAGGCCGGAGGAUUACUACGACAAGUGGACCAUGGAGGUGGCGUCGCCGGCUCUCAAGGAGGUUAUUCAGCUCUGCGCUGGGUGGCAACCUGUGCCCAGACCACCAGACUGCUAACGAUGUAGUGGAAUUCAGGUUCAGGUCCAAGCGCUGCAAACCAAGACCCAUGACGGUUCAUUCUGUCACGUAAUUGUUUCGUCUUCUCACUCCUCUCCUAGGAUUGUAUUAAACAUUUGGCGUGUGAUAUGAAUUAUGAUGGAUCUUGAACGAGUAGAACAUGUAAAAUAUCUUGUAGAAAAAUAUUCCUCUAGUGGAGCAAAGGAUGUUCUUAUUAAAUCA